AUGGUGUAUUGUUAUGCUUUUGGCUGUACGCAUCGCACAGGGGGCAGACAGGCUUUUGAACUCUACAGGUUUUCGACUAAUGACAAGGACAGAAAGAAAUGGAUUGACAGAUGCAGACGAGCAGACAAUCCAUAUAACAGCAACGACCGGGUAUGUAGCUGUCAUUUUGUUGAUGGGAAGAAGGAGAAUGGUCUAACCAUCUUCAGCUUCAGUAAAGAUGUUGGCAGCUUUCAAGACCUGCCAACCCCAACAAGACGUACAAAACGCAAGAUGGAAGAGGCUGUGGAACCAGAAAUUGACGUGCCUGAUACAGCCACUGGCAGCAACCAUGAUCAUAGCUACAUAAAGCAGCCAUUGUCAGAAAUGGAUGAUAUGGAAGGCUCUACAGCGUGUUUAAAAUCUGAUGUUUUUCAAGUGCUGGCGAGCAUGGUUCAGAGGAUGGCCCCAUUCAACUAUUAUGCUGGUUGGACAGUCACAUGCUUUAGCAUUCAGGAUCAACUUCUGAUGGCUUUGAUGAAACUAAGGUUGAAUUGUAAGGACCUAGAUUUAGCUAUCCGGUUCAAUACCAGCAGGGCAACUGUGUCUAACGUUAUCAACACCUACAUAUCUGUAUUGCAUGAAAUACUACAUGAUGGUGUUUUAAAGGCAGUAAGAAUUCCAAGCCAGCUGAAAUGCAAAGGCUCCAUGCCAAAAUUAUUUGAAGAUUUCACCUCUGCUAGAAUCGCUAUGGAUGCUACAGAAAUCAUACAUGAUGUGCCAUCAGAUAUGAACAGCCAGUCGCUGUCUUACAGCAGCUACAAAAGCAGACACACUGUUAAGGCUGUAACCUGUGUUGCUCCAAAUGGUGAACUUGUUUACAGUUCAGAUUUAUAUCCAGGUUCCACAUCUGAUGCUGCAAUAGUCGAACAUUGUCAUGUUCUAGGCCAGCUUCAGCCUGGAGAUCUAAUUCUAGCAGACAAAGGAUUUAAUAUAUUUGAUAAACUUCCAGCUGGUGUUUCUUUAAAUAUUCCACCAUUUUUAUCCAGUAAAGGACAUUUUACUAAGGAAGAGGCUGAAUUGUGUUUCAAAAUAGGAAGAAGUAGAAUCCAUGUUGAAAGAGCAAACGAAAGAAUAAAAAAAUAUGAUAUUUUAAAUCAUAUUCCUGCUCAGUAUAGACAUUUGUCAACCAAAAUAUUUCAACUAUGUUGCUGUUUGGUUAACCUUCAGGCACCAUUAUUGAAGGAAAUUGCUGAUAAAUAUGAGAUUUUGGAGUAA